CCCAAAACGAGACUAAUGCUCUCACUGAGAGAAAAAAGCAAAUGGCGUCAAGGCUUCUGUUGACGAGAUGCGCACAGUUGCGCCAGUUCCAGGGUCGUCCUCAGUAUCCGGCACUGCUUCAGAUCACUAAAACUCAUAAGCGUGAGUCACAUGGUGACAGCAAACAUGGACAUAAAACUUGGAGAGAUGACCCGGAGGAAUUAGCAGAAGAAAAUCAGCAAGCAAUGUGGAAGUGGGUGCUAUAUUGGAGUCCAUUUUAUAUCGUAACGGUAUACAUUGGUUUCAUGAGAAAUGAAGAAGAACAUCAUGAGAAAAGACAACCUUAUCGACCUUACGCAGCUACAUGCAUAAGAAAAAAACCCUUGAGGUUUUGGGAUGGUGACCACUCUUUGUUUUUCAGUCCUCAACGCAACUGGACAUCCAAAGGUUAUGAUGAAGAACAACAUCUCCAUCAUUAAGAAGAAAAAAACAUCAAUAUUUCAUCAUGACUUGUUUGAUGUUUUCCAUUUUAUUUCAAUAGCCAGUUAUGCAUAUUGACAAUUUGUUUGGUCUAAAUGAAGAACUUGAAUGACAUUAUUUAAUGGAUGUUGAUAGUGAUUUCAUGAAAGAUUCUACCUAUUAUUGUACUUUUUCUUCAUCCAACAGUUUCUAUCUGCGUACACAAGGGAAUCUUACAAAACCAGCCAGAGAGGGAUUUACUAGUAUCUACAUGUAAAUUUUCACUGUCUCAUCUUUACCCCUAUGACGAUUUUGUUUGGAAUGAUUACUUAUCACAAACCCCUUUACACUUUUAAGAUUCUUCAUGGAUAUUUUGAUGUGACGUGUUUUGACUAUGUGUAGUGAAUAAAGGAAUUCAAUUAAA